CUGCCUCAGCCUCUGAAGCGCUGGGAUUAUAGCACCGUGGCUGUGCUGCUCAUCCCGGGCCCCUCUCAGGUGAGACCCGCAGCCGGCAUCAGUGGAGCCGAAGGAGACGUGGGCAGCGCAGUGACUCCGGAGGACCUAUGGGUCAUGGCAGGGAAGGUGAAGUGGGUGACUGACAUCCAGAAGUCGGUGCUGAUCAAUAACUUUGAGAAGAGAGGCUGGGUCCAAGUGACAGAGAAUGAGGACUGGAACUUCUACUGGAUGAGCGUGCAGACCAUCCGGAGCGUGUUCAGCGUCGAAACCGGAUAUCGGCUCUCGGACGAUCAGAUCGUCAACCAUUUCCCCAACCACUACGAGCUGACCCGGAAGGAUCUGAUGGUGAAGAACAUUAAGAGAUACCGGAAGGAGCUGGAGAAAGAAGGGAGUCCCCUGGCAGAGAAGGAUGACAACGGCAAAUACCUGUAUCUGGACUUCGUCCCGGUCACCUACAUGCUGCCCGCCGACUACAACCUGUUUGUGGAGGAGUUCCGGAAGAGCCCGUCCAGCACCUGGAUCAUGAAGCCGUGUGGCAAAGCCCAGGGCAAGGGCAUCUUCCUCAUCAACAAGCUUUCGCAGAUCAAGAAGUGGUCCCGGGACAGCAAGACGUCCUCGUUUGUGUCACAGUCUUCGAAAGAAGCCUACGUGAUCUCACUCUAUAUCAACAACCCGCUGCUCAUCGGCGGGAGGAAGUUUGACCUGCGCCUGUACGUCCUGGUGUCCACCUACCGCCCACUGCGCUGUUACAUGUAUAAGCUUGGGUUUUGCCGGUUCUGCACGGUGAAGUACACGCCGAGCACCAGCGAGCUGGACAACAUGUUUGUGCACCUCACCAACGUGGCCAUCCAGAAGCACGGGGAGGAUUAUAACCACAUCCACGGGGGGAAGUGGACCGUGAGCAACCUGCGCCUCUACCUGGAGAGCACGCGCGGCAGGGAAGUGACCAGCAAACUGUUUGAUGAGAUCCACUGGAUCAUCGUGCAGUCGCUGAAGGCAGUGGCGCCGGUGAUGAACAACGACAAGCACUGCUUCGAAUGCUAUGGCUACGACAUCAUCAUCGACGACAAGCUGAAGCCCUGGCUCAUUGAGGUGAAUGCGUCCCCGUCCCUCACCUCCAGCACAGCCAACGACCGAAUCCUUAAGUACAACCUGAUUAAUGACACCCUGAACAUCGCGGUCCCCAAUGGCGAGAUCCCCGACUGCAAGUGGAACAAGUCGCCCCCAAAGGAGGUGCUUGGCAACUAUGAAAUUCUAUACGACGAGGAGCUGGCCCAGGGGGACGGGGCCGAUCGGGAGCUCAGAAGUCGCUCAGGCCAGACGCCUGGGCCCAAAGGGGGCCGCUCGCGAGACACAGGGAGGACUGUCCUCACCACCUGGAAGUGACCGCCACCCAGAGCGUCACCGGACCCAGCCUGGCUUCCCUGUCCUGUGCCUGCUGACGCCAUUCAGGAACUCCCUGUUCUAGAGGUUCUCUGCCCUGGGCUGUAUAAAUAAUAAAGGCACUUGUAUUUGGAAGGCCAAGCAGU